UCAAAUAAGAUAAUGUAAGCAAAGCACAGAGCUAUAUAAAUGUAAGCCGUUACUGAUAUAGUAUCAUAAUGGCUUCAAGUCUUUCCUCUAAUACACACCUGGGCAAAUCACCUUACACCUCAGUGCCCCAAGGCAAUUACCUCACUGAGAGUUCCAUGUACCAGUGUAAUCACAGGUCCUGUCCUGCCCCAUUCCAUAAAUUAAAUAUAAAUUCCUUGAGGGCAGGAAUGCUUUCAUUUUGUUUUGUGCUUAACAAAUGCUUUUGUUGGUAGAUUAAUGCUAUUCACUGUUACCUUUGGGGCUUCAGGUAUUUAGCUCUGAGUCUGUUUCUCUACCUAUGAAGUGAGAAGAUUGGACUCUAUGACUCCUUCUUGCGCUAUAUCCUUGGAAAGUAAUUAAUUCAAAGCACAGUCACCAAGCAUUCUCAAUAUCUGACAAUCUUUGCUUAUUCCUAGCUGGUAGUCAGAUACAUAUUAUUUGGGUAUUUGUAACAUAAAUAAAAUUUGAAGCUGGAGGUUCUGACUACAGAUCCAGUUAUUCUUUCUAUUGAACUGCAAAACCCAGCUAGGUCCCUUCCACUCCCCUACCCAGCAAGCUUUCUCUAGUAACAAAGAAUGAAAAAGAAAGGGGGGUAGGAUGGGAAGCAAGCAGUUCAGAGAAUGGAGUCUCAGUCAAAGGAGUCUGACAGUGUAUGUAACAUUUUAUACCCAUACCUUUCCAUUUGUUCUGUAGCACUUUGAAGAGGAAAUGGGUUGUAGCUCAAAAUUCAACAAAUUUAAGUUUGGGGAAUCAUUGCACUUGAAAGAAAAUUGACCCAAUUCCAAGUCUGGCAAUAGGCCUCCUCUCAUCCCCAACCUGCAUCUCUGUCUCUCCGGAAUGGCUUAACUAACUUAAGUAACUAAAGUGAUGUAGAUGAUAUCAAAGUCCAAGGGGCCCUGCCCUGAGUGAGUCAGGGACUGGCACUGACCAGAGUUGGGGACUGGCACUAGCCAGGAAGGCGGUUUUUCAGAGGAAGUCUCAAGGGGGUGUUCCUUGGAAGCAACCCUGUGUAAAUUACCUGCUUACUAAUACAGCGCCUAAUUCACAAAAGGGGAAAGGCAGGAAGAAGGAGAACCUGCAAUAUCAGAGGAAAAGGAGGAGACAAAGGUAGAUCUGGGAGGCAGAGAAGGCGGAGGGAGAAGAAGGAAGUCUGCCUUCGGAGGUGAGGUCUUUGAGCCGUAGAGGGUGGAGCUGCUUUUAACUGCUGGCUUCUCCUCCCGGCAGCACAAGCUGGAGCUAGCCUCUCACCGAGGAUGGAGCAAGAAGGCGGAGUGCUAAAGGAAGGCUUCCUUGUGAAAAGGGGCCACGUUGUCCACAACUGGAAAGUGAGAUGGUUUGUAUUGAGGCAGAACACGCUGCUGUAUUAUAAGCUUGAGGGGGGCCGGAGAGGGACCUCUCCUAAAGGCCGGAUCCUCCUGGAUGGCUGUACCAUCACGUGCCCUUGCCUGGAGUAUGAGAAUAGACCGCUCCUCAUUAAGCUGAGGACCAGAACAUCCACAGACUACUUCUUGGAGGCCUGUUCCAGAGAAGAGAGGGAUGCCUGGGCCUUUGAAAUAACAGGUGCAAUUCAUGCCGGACAACCAGGAAAAGUCCAGCAGCUUCACAUCAUGAAAAACUCCUUCCAGCUUCCCUCUCACAUCAGCCUUCACUGAUAUAAUGAUAAAAUGCAUGACAGUAGCUGUGGAAUACGCCCAUCACCCAACAUGGAACAGGGAAGCACCUAUAAAAAGACCUUCAUAGGCUCGUCUCUGGUGGACUGGCUAAUCUCCAGUCACUUUGCUGCUAGUCGGAUUGAAGCUGUCACUCUGGCCUCCAUGCUGGUCGAGGAGAACUUCCUUAAGCCCAUUGGAAACCGGAGCACCGAGGCCAUUCGCUCUGGGGAUUUAGCAGAGCAGUUUGUAGAUGAUUCCACGGCCCUGUACAUUUUUACUGAAAGCUCUAAGAAGAAGACAAAUUCGAAAGAGGAAUUCAACUUUAGCACCGCUGAACUGAGUGGCACAGUGAUUAAACAAGGAUAUUUAGCCAAGCAGGGACAUAAGAGAAAAAACUGGAAGGUGAGGCGCUUUGUUCUGAGGAGUGACCCUGCUUUCCUGCACUAUUACAACCCUUCCAAGGAAGAGAACAAGCCAGUUGGUGGAAUUUCUCUCCGGGGCUCCCUGGUUUCAGCUUUGGAGGAUAAUGGAGUUCCCACUGGUGUUAAAGGCAACGUGCAAGGCAACCUCUUCAAAGUGAUCACAAAGGAUGACGUCCACUACUACAUCCAGGCCAGCAGCAAGACAGAGAGAGCUGAGUGGAUUGAAGCUAUCAAGCGAUUAACAUGA